AUGCGUUCCUCGGAGGACUGUGCGUGGUUUAAACUGGUUCGGAGCGGCAACCACCCCCGUCUCCGGUACGAUGGGCGUCUCCGGAGCAUAUUUGAACGCCUGGACAGCCCUCACAUCAAGUUCCCAAGCCUGGCGAUGUUCAUGGGCCGUGGGGCCAAGGACAGGGCGCUGAGGCAGAUCUUCCAACAGUAUAUCUCCGCACAGGGCCCACACACCAACCUCCGGGUCGACAGCAGGACGGAGUCCUCCAGCUAUCCGGUGCUGUUCGCCGACUGCGACCCUCACGUAUGCCACCUGGGCGCCGAGAAUUCAAGCCCGGCCCUCCGCCCGAUACCGUGGGCGACGGCCAGGGACACGGACGUCCAGGACAUCUUCCUCACCCGCCUGGCCUUCCUCUUUACGGACGUGGUAUUCCUCUUCGCCGAAGACGUUGGCGGCAUGGACGGGGUCAAGACCCUGCUGACCGCCUGGGCAACUUUCGGAUCGGCGUCCAGUCUGACCCCUAGGCCUGGAGUUAUCGUGGUCGCCGUCUCCGACGGAGCAAGCGUCACGCAUGACAUGCUGGAGGAGGGCCAGUUCCUCGCCGACCUGGCGCAGCAUGCCGGAGUCGCGGACACGUUCAUGUCCGUGGACAUAGUCUACCUUCCGCCGGCGGGGGCUUCCACGGUCGAACCCUAUCAGGGGUUGAGGGACGAGAUGCUGAAGCGUCUGGAUCUGGCCCGGCGCCACCGCCGGGAACACCGCUCCCUCUUCUCUGCUAUCCACUUCGGUGCCCUCUUCGAGGAGGCGAUGGACCAAAGGUGCCGUAGUCGCUACCUCGGGUUCGACUUCAUCGAUGCCUCCCAGAAAGGAAGGGAGACCGACGGCCGUUACCCCAGGCACCUGACGACAUUCCUGUCGUUGGGAGCCGAGAGCGACACUGCCAUCCAGGGCAGUCUAAUCGCCUCCAGCAUGCUGAUGGACGCGUAUCCGUCCAGGGCGCACUGGUUCGAGCCGCAGACGGCUUUCCGGACGCUGUAUCGAGGACCGUGCACGAAGGCGCUACGCGAAGUCCACCACAGCCUGGGCGCCGACGAUCGUUGCCGCCAGAUCGAAGCUUGUUUCGUCGGUUUCUUCGGACAGCUCGCGGCCGGAGGCGGCCCAGCCCGAAAGAUCCAUCUCCGGAACCUGAGUCGUCAUCGCCGAUGGCUGUCGGAUAUACGAACCGAGGCGGUCUGCCUCUGCUGCCUGUCUCGGUUCCCGCAUCAUUCCACGCCCUGCCACUCGGUCUGUGACGUGUGCGUAGAGGCGUUCGGCGAGCCGGUCAAGCGUAAAGAGCUGCAAUACGAGCUCGGCUCCUGCCUCAUAUGUAAGGCCCCGGAAAGGCUUCGGGUCGACCUUGUUCCCAGGACGGCCACGAUCAGAGGCCUCGCCCUGGACGGAGGCGGCGUGCGAGGCGUUCUUCAGCUCAGGAAGUUGAUGCAGCUCGAGGAGGCCCUGGGGGGAGGACUGCCGAUCCAGUGGCUCGUCGAUGUAGUCUCCGGCAGCAGUAUAGCCUUCUCACGAUUGCCGGCAGGCGGCAUCAACGGCAUUGACCUCAUCGUCUUGGGGCUUCCGGUCACAGAGUGCACGAAAAAUUCGAUCGGCCUCCUCAAACAGGUAUUCGAGAAGUCGCCCAAAUCCAGGUGGUGGCUCGUCUCUCUGCCUUCGCGCGUGGUGGGGUGCUGGGUCAAGGACGGGGUGUACGGACCCGCGGUGUUGGAUAGCGUCCUCCAGCGCCAUUACGAGGAGAGAUCUAUCUUCGGCAGAACGGCGUUUUCCAGCAUAAGACUGCUGGUGACGGCCCUGACGACAUCGGACCAGCUGGUGGUACUCUCCAACCGUAAGGCGGGAGAGCACGCGCAGGCUGACAACGGGUACCUGCAUCUCGAUCCCUCAAGACCCGCGCCACUACUGUGGCAGUGCGCACGCGCGACCAGCGCGGCACCAGGAUUCUUCCCACCCAUCAAUCUCCCGGGGGUUGGCGACUGCCAGGACGGGGCACUUAAGUGUCCCAACCCGGCGGCCCUCUGCCGGAGCGAGACGCCGCGAAUGUGGCCAUGGGAGCCGGAGCUUGGGGUCCUUCUGUCGAUUGGGACCGGAGUUGGCGUGUCCGCCUCGACUGGCGGCGCGGCUCCACCCUCGCAGGAUGGCCAAGGUGCAGAGGACACCAGCGACGGAUCGCCCGCAAGACGGGCGAAGGAUAAGUUUCCCUUCCGCCUGUUUCGCCGUCUCAUGUCCUCCAUGGACGGCGGGGCCGCGUGGUUAGAGCUAAUGAGUCAGCUAGACAGGGAGACGCGGGAAUACUGCUUCAGGCUGGAUACCUUGAUACCCGGGGAGGUGCCGCCUUUGGAUUCGGUCGAGAGCGUGGACGGCCUGAUGAAGCUGGCUGAUGAGCAGGAGCUCGGCAUGGUGGGCCUGAAGGCGCUCAAGGCGCUGCUAGCGGCUUCCUUCUACCUCAGGCUCUCUGAGCCCCCGCGGAGGGAGGACACGUAUUUCCGCUGUGUAGCGGUGGUAAGGUGCCGCCUAGACAACGUCCGCGUCGGGGUGGACGCCAUCACCAGGCUGUACGGGCCGAGCGUGGAGUUGAUCAUUGGGGGCGAGAGGGUCGGGUUCCCGACAUCGGAAAAUGCAGCGUGCUGCCUCUGUCGGAGAUACUGCCUGCCGGUCCGCUUCACGGUAAGAGACCUGGGCGAGCCUCUGAGGCCGGCGCUGGGGGUGGCGGGGGCACCCGAAGAGCAGUUUGUAAGGCUCGGCCCUCCGCGGUCCGCCAGCUGGUACCGCGAAAGGCAGGAGAUCGGCAGCGCUUUUGGGGCGACGGGCCACCAUUCGCGGACGGCGACGGACUGCGAAGCUUGCCAGCUGAAGAUUUCGGGGAAGCGCGCGUUGUCGCUGUCACGGCCAGGUACCGGCAAGAGAGUGCGGUUCUCAGACUGA